GUGAAAACAUCACGCUACACCAACUUUAUUAUGUUUUAUACCUCUAGUGAACAACUCGCAAAUGCGAUUAUUAUAUCAUUGAGGACACCCUCUGUUUCAAGCUACUCAUGUAGCGAAGUCUUAGCUUUAAGUAGUAACCUGAUAGAUUUUAUAUAAAUAUCUCUCGACUUCUCCUAGAUUCGUAUGUUCUCAGAUGCCCGCAGGAGAUACUCGUCCAUCCUUUUGAAUAUUAUUAGUAUUGAUACGCAAUAAAAGAUACCAACCAUAAGCACCUAUCUAUAUACACUUUUUAAGAAGAGUUCUUAAAGAAGGAUCUUAAAGAGAGAAAAACCAUCAUGGCUAACUCAACCACCAACUCGCCGCUCAAUGUCGGUGUUAUCGGUUACGGCCUGUCUGCUACCGUCUUCCACAUCCCAUUCAUCACAGCCACGCCCACCCUAAAACUCCACUCUAUCCUCCAGCGCAACCCGGGCCAAUCUGGCAGCUCAGCUCCUCAGGACCAUCCCGAUGUCAAGCAUUUCACCUCUCUUGACCAAUUUCUCGCCGACGCGGAUCUCGACGUGACCGUCAUCACCACUCCUCCCCACACACACUUCCAAUUCUCCCAGCAGGCCUUGCAAGCAGGGAAGCAUGUCCUCGUGGAGAAACCGUUCGUCCCCACCGUUUCCGAGGCAGACGCCCUGAUCAAGCUCGCCAAGGAGAAAGGCCGCUUGAUCUGCGUGUACCAGAACCGCCGAUGGGACAGCGACUUCUUGACGGUGCGAAAGCUAUUGGCCGACGGCACCCUAGGCCGGAUCGUCGAAUUCGAGACGCAUUUCGAUCGCUUCCGGCUGGAGAAGCCGUCCACCUGGAAGGGCACGCUCGGCAUGGCCCAAGGAGGCUCGGCGCUGUACGACCUGGGCACGCACCUGAUCGACCAGGCAUACGUGCUAUUCGGGCUGCCGCGCAGCGUUUUCGGCGUGCUGGCUAGUCAGCGGGACGGGCUCCUCCUAGGCCCCCAGAACCCGGAUCUGGAGCCCGACAGCGUUACCGCGCAGCUGUUUUACGACGACGGCCUUGUCGUUUUGGUGCGCAUCGGCAGCGUAAGUGCCGAGGUGCGCCAACCGAGAUUCUGGAUCCGAGGCACCAAAGGCAGCUAUCACAAGCAGGGUCUCGAUACGCAAGAGCCUCAGCUCAGGUCCGGGUUAAAGAUGGAUGACGCCAGCUUCGGACGAGAAGGCCCAGAGUGGAAUGGGAAGCUUACUCUUGUUGGCGACGACGGUAGUUUCCGCGAACAAGACUGCCCGAAUGUGGAGCCGCAGACUUACAAGAAGCUGUUUGAGCUGCUUGGCGAGGCCGUUGUUCGGAACCGCGAAGAAGAUCUGCCGGUCCCCGCAUCACAGGCGAGGGAUGUCCUGAAAAUUAUUGAAGCCAUCAAAGAAAGCGCGAGAAACAGGCGCGAGAUCCAGCUUUCUUAGAGAAGAGCCUCCUCCUAAACAGUGCCGAGCUAGAUUCUCUGCCCGAAUUUUAAGUAGGCCAGGGUAUUCCCCCUAGCCGCAUCGCUUACAUCUAUGAAAUGAAAUCCAAGUGAAUAUAAUCAACAUA